AUGAGCCGGGCUUGCUCGGUAUCCAGCAUCGCCCACCGAGCCAAGGAGGACAGCUUCGCGCGGCUGCUACGAUCGUGCGCGGAGCUCCAGGAUCUCUCCGGCGGCAAGCGCGUCCACGCCCGGAUCGAUCAGACCGAGCACCGCCACAGCACCUAUCUCGCCAACCUCCUCGUCAACAUGUACGCCAAGUGUGGCUCCGUGAACGAUGCCCGCUACGUCUUCGAUCGAAUCCAGGAGCCCAAUCGCUUCUCCUGGAACAUCAUGACGUGCGCCUACGCCAUGAAUGGAUUCGUGGAGCUGGCCGCGAGCUUCUACCAGAUGAUGCCGGACAAGACCGUGAUCGCUUGCACUGCCGUGAUCGAGGCGCUGGGCCAUCUCGGACAGAUCGAGAGGGCCAAGACGCUCUUCGACGGCUUCCCUGCCACUGCCCGUGAUCUCGUCUGCUCAAACGCGAUGCUCGCGGCCUACGCCCGGAAUGGGCAUCUGGAAUCGGCGGAGACGAUGCUGCGGGCGAUGGAGAUCCGGAACGUCGUGUCAUGGAACACGCUCUUGCUCGGCUAUGCGGACCAUGGCGAUCCGAAAUACGCGAAGAAGAUCUUCCAGGAGAUGCCGCAGCGCAACGAGGUGGUGUGGCUCGGCCUCAUCGCGGCAUUCGCCCAGCGCGGGUACUUGCAGAGAGUCCACGCGCUCUUCGAUCGGAUGCCCUGCCACAACGCCGGGACCUGGAGUACCUUGAUCGAGUUGCGCUCAAAGGACGACGAGCUUGGCCGGGCUGAGAGGCUGUUCCAGAGGAUGCCGCUGAGGAACAAGGCGGCAUGGGCCGCGAUGCUCCACGCGUAUCUCCGUGCCGGAAAUCUCACGCGCGCAAAAGAUCUGCUCGACCGAAUGCCGCAGCAAGAGAUGGAGCUUGCCGUGGCCCUGAUCGCGGCAUACCUCAAAAGCGGCCUCCACAGACGUGCCAAGAAGAGCUUCGAUCGCUUGCCCUGGGCCGAUCCCCACGCAUGGAGCUCGCUCCAAGGCAAUAUCACCAAGGGAGACGAUUUGCCCCAAUCUUGCCCGGAUGAACUGAGAUCUCCACUAUCGUUCCAAAAACCAGCUCGAUCGCCAAAGAAAGAAGCCUCCCGUCCUCAAUCGCGCCUAGGAUCUGCAAGAACCGGAUCUCUCCAUCCACAAUCGGGCCUAGAAUCGAGCAGCCGAGCCCCUGACGAGCGCUCUGUCCCUGGCGGCAAUCUGGCGGCGCGGGCGGCCAAAGCAAGAAAUCUCCAUCGCCAGCGCCUGCCCCAAGCUUGCACCCUGGAGGAGCUUCGAUCCCUCAAGCAGCGCAUCCUGCUCAUGCCGCCGGCGAAGAGGAUCAAGUGGAGAGCGGUGCUCAAGCUCAUGCGCGCCGGCUACCUUCUCAAGAAAUGGAGCUCCUCCAAAAUCUGGCCAAGGCGGGAAAGAAAGACUAGGCCCUAG